AUGGACGACAAGAUGUUAGAAGGGGGUGGUGGAGGUUUCUCUGACGCCCAUUUCAGGGGUCUGAGGGCGGGUGUAGGCGUCAAUAUGGGCGGCUACUCUAUCAACGGUCUCCUCACCCCUACCUCCCAGCCUGACCAGAGCUCCGGGCUACUACACAAUCUGACGCCUAUCAAAACGACCUUCACCAACUACCAGCUGGAGGAGUUAGAGAGAGCCUUCCACAGGACCCACUACCCCGACGUGUUCUUCAGGGAGGAACUCGCCUUAAGGAUCGACUUGACGGAGGCCAGAGUUCAGGUAUGGUUCCAAAAUCGACGGGCCAAGUGGAGGAAACAAGAGAAACUGGCAGUGAAACACCAGGAGGCAGCAGCAGCAGCAGUAGCGGCGGCAGUAGGACAGCAGCAGGGAACGGGUGGCUUGCAGGGUGUAGGACUACAGGGUGUGGGCGUGAUGCAGCAGCAGCAACAAGGCAUCAAUGUCACGCUACCUGCAGGCGCCGCCUCACAGUCCAGUCAAGUGGUAGUAGCUUCUCUGACUCCCAUGACAGGGUCAUCUUCCCCGGGGUCAUCAUUUCCCUGCCUGGGUAUGGAAUGGACUUCGCCCUUCACUUCCACGCUUUCAACGCCGCCUCCGCCCACAACGCCAACACCAGCAUCUUCCCCGCCACCCGAGCACUCGCCCGUCCUCGCCAGCCCUUACUACCUGGGCGUGCGGGGGUCUGACCUCGACCCUCACGAGGACGAGAAGCCACCCACGCUCGCUCAGGCAUUCGCGCCAGCUUUCUCCAGCGGCGCCCUCAGUCUCACUUCCCCUGGGCUGAGUCUCACGACCGCAGGACUCAAUCUCACCCCCACGAGUCUGUCUCUUACUUCAGCAAGUCUCCCCCUGACUCCAAGUUUAUCUCUCACCCCCACCACCUUGGCCCUCGCGCCUUCCACACUGUCUCUAGCGCCCACAACUUUAUGUCUCACGCCCUCAACCCCGUCUCUUGUGCCCACAACCUUAUCACUUACCUCCCCUGCCCUGUCCCUCACGCCCACAAGUCUGUCGCAGCUGAGAAUGAAGGCGAGAGAACACAUUUCCUCUUUUAUCAACCUCAACACUGACUAA